AUGGCGAAUACACAGACUUACGACUUCCUGAUCUUCGUAGCAGACAUGAAGAAACCGUUAGAUCGAAAAUCGAUAAGAAUAAGGAGAAUUCCGAAGACGGCUGCGAGUCUUCGACGUGAACCUCCUGGCGCUGCAUCGUGUUGGCAGGCAGAGGUGGAGCUGGGGGACACGGGAUACCUAACCAUCGCGAUGAGAGAUUCAAUACCUGUCAUGCUAAGACUAUGUCAUUUGUUUGUGGUAGAGACCAUUCAAAAAAGUUCAAACCUGAAGAUAUGCAGAUACAAAUACAAGGAAAGAAUUGUGUGGUCACUUGAGUUAACUCUGGUAUUGGUUACGCAGCUGCAGAAGGUCUUGCUUCACGGUAAAGCUUUGUCUCAGUUAUGA